CGUAAGCCGCAUUACCGGUAUCACUACUAGUCUGCGGAUCGCACCGGUCGGCCGUAACCAAGAACUGAAAAGACAAGACCGAGCAGUGCGAGAUGGCUCUCUUGCUGCGAAUGGCCUGGGAUGGCUGGAAUUACCUGCACGAAGAAAUGGCCGAUCCGCGGACGUCAGAAUGGCCGUUUAUUGGAAGUUUAUUUGGCAUCGUAGGCAUUUUGUCAGUAUAUCUAUUAUUUAUUUUAAAAUAUGGCCCAGCCUACAUGAAGGACAGGCAACCUUUCAAAUUAGAAACUAUUAUGAUGGUUUAUGAUCUAGUGCAAGUAGUCAUAUGCUUUUACAUUUCUGCACAGUCUUUACGAUUAACGUACCUCAAUGGAUAUAGUUUCGCCUGCCAGCCAGUUGACUACUCCGAUGACCCUGUCUCUUUGCAAAUUGCAUGGUUGACUUGGUUGUACUUCUUUACAAAGAUCAUGGAUCUCUUCGACACAGUUUUCUUCGUUCUGAGGAAGAAACAAAAUCAAGUUACUUUCUUGCAUUUAUACCAUCACACUGGAAUGGUGUUCUUGGCAUGGUUGGGUGUUAAAUUCUUACCAGGCGGGCACGGAAUGGCUAUCUGCGUCGUGAAUUGUUUCGUGCAUUCAGUGAUGUACUUCUACUAUUUCUUAACUGCAAUGAAACCCGAACUAAAGAGCAACCCAUGGUGGAAAAAGUACAUUACGCAAAUGCAGCUGUUCCAAUUUCUGAUGAUGACAUUACACUUCGGUCAAUUGGCUAUCCAGCCAGCUUGCGGUUACCCGGCAUUUACUGCGGCCGCCUUCGUCCCACAGAACUUCUUCAUGCUGAUGCUGUUCUCCGACUUUUACUACCGGGCCUAUAUUAAAAGGAAGCCGGACAAACAAGCCUAACAGUACAUUCGAUACCUUCUACCCGCCCAUAUGUUCCUUCCCUGAAUCCCCAAUCUAUCCCUUUACGAUCACCGCCCAGCGGCCCACCGAGAUGGGGGUUGUCCAGAUCGUGAGAGGCCACUGUGCGGCAACAGCAAUACGACGCACAUUGUGUCGCAAUUGUACACCGAUGUAUUAGGUACAAAUUAAUCACGUAUGAAGAGAAUUAACUGGAAAAGUAAAACACUUAUAUGAAAAACACGCGGUGCGAGAGAAACGACCACUUGAUUUGUCUUGUGGUCGUCUCCGAUAUGCUUUUUAGUGUUAGUAUUUUCUACUAGAUUAUAUUUUGUUUGUAAUUAUGUUUUUAUAUUAUCGUAUGUAUUGUUUAUACUUAUUGUUUUUAUUUGUUUAUUUCAUCUUCUUGCAUUUUCAGUAUCGGCAUCCUUUUCAUACUCUUAAGAUCAUGAAUAAAGUAUUUAGUGGACGUAUUUA